UUACAGGGGGGACGGACAAAUCUCAAGGGAACUGAAUCUGUCCACAGCAGUCGCAUAAUUCUACCUCGGUGAGUUUUAAAUCGGGGCUAGCUGAUGACGUACUUUGGACAACCGCAAAUCAAGGUAAAGUUUGCCGCCAUGGCUUCGGACUCCAUUCCAUACAUUGGAUCACAACAGAUUGAAGACGUCCUGACGUACAAGGACUUAAUCCCAGCUUUGGAGAUGGCCCUGGCUGAUUUCUCCAGUGGCCCAGACGGGGGAGUGGUGCAGCCACUUCGCUCAUCCGUACCUGUGAAGAAUCGUGAUGGAGUGUUUCUGUCCAUGCCUGGCUACAGCAGAAAUCAGAACGGUCUGGCCUGCAAGGUAGUCACAAUAUUCCCCAGGAAUGAAAACACACCCCAUCCAGUCAUCCAGGCGACCAUUAUAUUGUCUGAUGCCAACAAUGGCUCAAUGAAAGCUGUUAUAGAGGGGAACACAGUAACAGCUCUGCGGACGGCUGCAGCAUCAGCUGUUGCUACAAAGUAUUUGGCUCCAGACGGAACUAAGAUCUUAGCCAUCCUAGGAGCUGGGGUCCAAGCGAAAGCUCAUUUGGAUGCCCUGAGGUAUGUCCACCGGUAUUCAGAGGUCCGUGUGUGGAAUCGAACACAUGCCAGGGCGGAAGCCUUUGCUGCCAAGUAUGGCUGCAAGGCCUGCAAGACUGCCCAAGAAGCGGUGAAGGAUGCGGAUGUCAUUGCUACGGUAACGGGAACUUCCACACCCAUCCUCCAGAGUGAAUGGGUCAAAGAUGGCGCCCAUAUCAAUUGUGUUGGUGCUCCUAUGCCAGAUCAGCAAGAGCUUGACCCAGUACUUGUUCGUAGAUCAGUCAUCUAUGCAGACAGUAGGGAAAGUGCAGUGAAUGAGUCCGGAGAUGUUAUAAUAGCUAAGGCUGAAGUAUUUGGUGAGAUCGGUGAAGUGAUCGCGGGGAAACUCAAAGCAAGAAAGAAUGAAACCACAAUCUUCAAAUCUUUGGGGAUGGCAAUCGAAGACGUGGUCGCCGCGAAACUGGUGUUUGACAAGGUGCACGGCACAUCCACAAGUUUGCUGUAGUGGUUGUUGAAAGUGGAAGUUUGCUGAAAGUAUGGUAAGGAGGACAUACAGUGAAGAGGUGCUAAUUUCUACAACUUUCAUGUUUUUCUUUAACUGAAUCAACUGAAAUGCCACAAUUGGUGAAGGAUCUGGUUAAUUUCUUGACAGAAAAGUUCUUAGAUUUGAAAGGGCCUACAGGUCUGGAAUUUCAACCUUGAGAGGGCAAGGCCAUUUUCAUUUGACAAAGGGCACUUCCAUUCGAUAAACCUUAAGUCUAUGGGAAAUUUUUGAAUGGCCCCCAAGGCCAAGACCAGGGCAACGGAGGAUGGAGUAUGACCUCCAACGAAGGUAAUGUCCUCCGCGGCCUCUGUGUAGUAUUCCGGGCCUGGGCUUGCCAGUUUGAUAAAAACUUUUAAAAAAUUUACACAAAUUAUUUUGCGGUAUUUUUGAAUGAGAUUAUAAAAUAAUAACUUAACAAUUUGAUACAAUAUAUAAUAUUUGCAAAUAGGAAGGUGUUUUAAAAAUGUAUUUGGUACAUAGAAUAGUGUAUUCAAUUGUUUGAAAUAAAAUACUUCUAGGCAAUUUUGUUAACUAAUAGCAGUCUAACUGAGGGUUACCUGUUGGACUCAUUAAUGCUACACACACCUGUGAGAAAUUCUGUCAAUAAUUUUUGUUCAUUUUGUCCAUGUUUUCAUCUUUAAUGAGGGUAAACUCCUUAUGAAAAUGUUUGUGAAUCAUUUGAACAUGAACAUGAGCAACCUCUUUCCAAGCCUAAGUAAUUGAUAAAUUAAACACAACUUUGUGUAUGUUGGAAUGGUGAUUGUACAUGAUAGUACAGUUCUUGGUUUACUAACUAGAUCUUUAACAUGCUGCCACCAUCUUGGUCUUGCUCCCUGUAUCAAACAAUAGUAAUGUAUACUUAUAGUCAUUAUACAAAAAAGAACCAGAUGGGCGCACCAUGAUAAAGGUCUAUAUAAUGGUUCAGCCUUUUACAUUAUUAGUAACCAAUCAACAAUGAGGGCGCUAUCAGAUACCAGAACACUUGCUUUUUUUUAAGCAUAGAGAUGAAUCUUUGUAUUGUUCAAGACAAACUAUAUGUUAUAGAUUUUAAAAUUGAUGAGGGGACACAGGUUUUGUUGUCUUUUAAUAAAUUGAUUGGUUUGUUUUCUAAAAAGAGCAUCUUAUAUUUUGACAUGGUGUGAAGACAUAAUUAAUGUAAUAAAUCAAAUUCAUGUAUCGCAAGUUUAACAAUCAUCUUCCUUUUCCUUAGUAAAUAAUGCCAUUGUUAAAAACAAAUGUACAACUAUGAAAUAAAUUUUAAGAAACGUAUCAAAUA